CAGGCUGACACCUCCUCGGUGCUAUUAUGAAGUUGUUAGCUAUCAUCAAACUAAAGCAGACACAUUUCGAGAAUUUGGACUUUUUCCACGUAUAAAGGGCAACAUGCAUUGAUGCCAGACUUGAGAUUUAACGGAGACAUGUUACAUAAUCUUUGAAAAGUUUGGACCGAAAAGGAAUUACCGGGAAUUCUUCGUUGUGUUGUUAUCUUACUAGCUCGGUAGCUAGCUAAGUUAGCCAGAGACCUUACUGAAUUUAACUGGUUCAGCAGCCAGUUGAGCUUUCCUGUUAUUAUUUUGUUUUUGUUGUUUUUAGUACUAGCUACCAAAGCAGUCGUUUGGACAGUUUGGUGCCUCCUUAGGUUCCUGCCAUGGCUGACAGCAGCAUAGUGACUUUAGGGACAGCUCGGAGUCUGUUGGUGGAUUCUUCGGUCUAUGAUUCAAGGAUUGCUGAAACCACCAAGGACCAUGUAUUCCUGGGCAUGGCAUGUGAAGAUGGGGAAGAUAUGCUGCCAAAAGUGGAGACGAGGGUUGUUCUCGUGGGAGAAGCGUGCAGAAAUGGAGCGCUGGUCAAAGCACUACAGGCCAUCAGAGUAAUGGAGGUACCAGUGGUAAAGAUAAGAGAAGGCGAGGCGGGAAGCGAGGAGAAAAUGAUGAUAAAAUCUAUAGUCAAUAUGGACAUCCACACCCCGUGCAUAACGACAGAUAACGUCCAGGAGUUUGGAGACGAAGAGAACCCUGACUUUGAGACAGUGUUUGUCCUCGCAGACUUUGAUUCUCCUGACUAUAGCUACCUCUACAAACGCGACAGCCGCAUUGUUGGGCCUCCUGUUGUGCUGCACUGUGCUGCAAAGGAAGAACCUCUACAGUUUUCAUGUCGUCCUCUCUAUUCCACCACCAUGCUUAACCUGUCACUGUGUUUCACUGGCUUCAGGAACAAAGAGGAAAUGAAGAACUUGGUGAACUUGGUUCAUCACAUGGGUGGGACCAUCCGGAAAGACUUCAGCACCAAGGUCACUCAUCUCAUCGCCUACUCCACUCAUGGGGAGAAAUACAGGCUGGCAGUGUGUCUGGGGACGCCCAUCCUCACUCCAUCAUGGAUUCUGAAGGCAUGGGAGAGAAGAGAUGAUGUGUACUUCCACGCAGGAGAAGAGGAGUUUCGAACAGAGUUCAAAGUGCCUCCUUUCCAGGACUGCAUCCUCAGCUUUUUGGGUUUCUCAGAGGAAGAUAAGGCCAACAUGGAGGAGAGGACUCUUAAACAUGGUGGCGGUUACCGUGAGUUUGGAGAUGAGAGCUGUACACACAUGGUGGUGGAGGAGAACUCGGUAAAGGAGCUGCCAUUUUCUCCCUCCAAGAAACUCUUUGUGGUCAAACAGGAGUGGUUCUGGGGGAGCAUUCAGAUGGACGCUCGGGCUGGAGAGUCCAUGUACCUCUACGAGAAGAAUGACAGUCCAGCCAUGAAGAAGGCAGUGUCCCUCCUGUCCCUCGUAACGCCCAACAGUAACCGCAAGCGUCGGCGUCUGAGGGACACGCUGGCUCAGCUCACCAAGGAGACUGAGAUCUCCCCCUUCCCUCCACCGCGCAAAAGGCCGUCAGCGGAGCACUCCCUGUCCAUGGGUUCUCUGCUCGACAUCUCUAACACCCCUGAGACAUGCAAGGCCUUGGCAGAGAGUUCGAAGCCAUCCAGGAGUUCGACCCCAGUUGUGACCAAGCAGUCAGCCAGGUGGCAAGUCUCCAAGGAGCUCUACCAGACUGAGAGCAACUAUGUAGACAUUUUAAGCACCAUCCUACAGCUUUUCAAACAUCCAUUGGAUAGAGAGGGGCAGGUUGGUGGACCCAUCCUGGCCCAAGAGGAAAUUAAGACGAUAUUUGGCAGCAUCCCAGACAUCUACGAGGUUCACACCAGAAUAAAGCAUGACCUUGAGGAACUCCUGACAGACUGGCGCGAGGAAAGGAGUGUGGGAGACAUCAUUCUCAAAUAUUCUAAAGAGUUGGUGAAGGCCUACCCACCCUUUGUCAACUUUUUUGAAAUGAGCAAGGAGACUGUUGUUCGGUGUGAGAAACAAAAGCCACGCUUUCAUGCUUUUCUCAAGAUCAACCAAUCCAAGCCAGAGUGUGGCAGGCAGACACUGGUGGAGCUGCUCAUCAGACCUGUACAGAGGCUGCCUAGUGUGGCUCUUCUUCUUAACGAUAUCAAGAAACAUACGGCCGAUGACAACCCUGAUAAGAUAACACUGGAGAAAGCAAUUGAUUCUCUGAAAGAAGUCAUGACUCACAUCAAUGAGGACAAGAGGAAGACAGAAGGCCAGAAGCAGAUCUUUGAUGUUGUGUAUGAAGUUGAUGGCUGUCCUGCCAACUUGCUGUCAUCCCAUCGUAGUCUGGUUCACCGAGUAGAAACAAUCGCCCUGGGAGACCAGCCAUGUGACCGUGGAGAACAUGUUACACUCUUCCUCUUCAAUGACUGCCUUGAGAUUGCAAGGAAGCGACACAAGGUGAUCAAUACGUUUAAGAGUCCACUGGGACAGACGAGACCACCGGCACCACUCAAACAUAUUGCACUGAUGCCGCUGUCCCAGAUUCGAAGAGUGCUGGAUCUGCAGGACACAGAGGAGUGUGUGAAUGCAUUCGCCUUGGUGGUUCGGCCCCCGACUGAACAGGAGAACUUGUUGUUCAGCUUCCAACUGGCCGGAGAGGAAACAGUUAAAAGCGACUGGCUGCGAACACUUUGCCGCCAUGUUGCCAACACCAUCUGCAGGGCUGAUGCGGAGGACAUGAUUCAGUGUACAGACCCAGACUCACUACAGGUCAGCACCAAGGAUAUGGACAGCACCCUGAGCAAAGCCUCCAGGGCCAUAAAGAAGACCUCUAAAAAGGUGACGAGAGCGUUUUCUUUCACCAAGACCCCGAAGCGUGUGAUCCAGAGGGCGUUCAUGGCCAGCGGUACUCCAGAUGAGAAAAAUCAGAGGCUGAGUUACGAAAACCGCAUCGGCAGCAGCUCCACACUGGCUAUGUCUCGCUCUGCCUCUACAUUCAGUUUGAGUGAUUCAGCCAAGAGCAGUGCAGUGGUGCAGCGCUCCAACUCUCUUGACCACCCUCCUGUCAGAGCCAGGGUCCCUGUCUGUAUCCGUACCCCCUGCAGCCCAGCCCACGACCCUCCCCGUAGCCCUGGUCCCAGCACUGCCCCUGAGUUCAGCCGAAGUCCUUGUCCCAACUAUUGCCCUAGAACCCCAGAGCCCAAGUCCAUCCUUCAUGCUCCAUUAUUGACCCAACCAACGCAAUCUCCUUCAAACCUCCCUAUUUCCCAGCAGUUCAUCCCUUCAACCUGUUCCACCUCCAUUCCAGCUAUCCGAAACUCUACCUUGCUCAAUUCCAAAACCUCCCAGCCAAAAUCUAACCAGCAUGUGUCCAGGCACCUGCCCUCUGUGGGGUUCCAACCAAGGUCCCUGGCUCCUCAGCCUGUUAAUGUCAAAGGCAGGACCUUUUCUGAGUCAUGCAGGGAUCCCCAAGUCCCCUUGGACCCACAUAAGGCUGCCCUGACCAGUCAUCGCAGGGAGACUCUGCUCUAAACCAUCGCUAAACUCAAUCCUGGAGCCUGAUGCACACCAUUCCCCCUCCAUGGUCAAUCUGCAUUCCAUGUUUGAGAGGAAAUACCACACAUUCAGUCGUUCAACCACCCACCUCCUCUGAGACGCCGCCACUUGGGAGCACCUGCAGGGGUUGACCAAUCUUUCCACUUCCUUUGCCUUGACUGACGCUAAUAGCAAGAUCUGACUGGAACGGCCUAAGUGUAUGAAGUAUGGCAAAGUAGUAUUUGUCCGUACUGGAGCUUUUGACAGACUUUCCAAAUCCAGUAAAAAUUGCAUUUAGCCGCAGAUGGAAAAAUGCACUGAAACUAUGGACAUCAAUCUGAUAUGUGGCAGUAUCAGAAUUGUCCAGCUAACUGCUAAGUGUGCUCCCCAGCUGGAACUUCGCCCAAGUAGUAGGGUAACAGCAAUAAACCGGUUGUUCGUCAACCUGAAGCCUACCAUGUGACGUAUUCUGCUAAAAUUGGUCUGUGUGAGGGAGAACUUGCAAGAAAAACAAUACAAUUUUUGAUCUGACAAGGCAGUUUGGCGCAUCUUUCCAAACAUACACAAUGCUUGAAUUAAGACUGUAUCCAGGCACUAACUGGAACGGUACUACAUCAUGCCAGGGGCUACAGUCGUACCACUGGUUCUAGUAAGGUUUGCCUUACCCUUAAAAAUGAAGGAUGUUCUGCUUUUUGUCUGCAUUUGUUAAUAGAUUAUCUUGACAUGAUUCAUUGUUUUGUCAACGUACUUUAUCAGACACUUGUUACAUUUUGUGUACAUGGGUUGUCUGUUCAGGUUUCUGAUUUGUCCCCAUUGUUCAGUGAAGUGUUAACACUAAGUAUAGACCAAGUAAACAAUAUGACUCAUCCUCUGGUUUGAAUGGGGUCAUCAUGCUGUCCCCAAAUGUCCCUGAAUGCGUGUUUUAGUUCACUGUGCUUUGGUUAAGUAAAUUAUCAUUUAAUUUUGAUGUUGAGGUAUUUCUAUGAAGGUUACAGGCAAUAAAAGUAACAGGUAACAAAUGCAGAUUGCUAACCUCUUUGUGCUUUAUGUACUUGUAAAAAUUUUCUUGCCCUUUACUGUGUUUUUUAAUAAACUGACUUUUUGAGAGACCUUUAUAUUAACUGACAUUUAAUGUUGUUUUAUUGUAAAGGGAGUAGACUUAAUUUUCACCCAAUAUAAUAUGACUUAUUGUAAUUGACUCACCCUCUUAACCUAAACUUACGAUAGCUUCCAGCUUUUAUAAAGCUUCUAUUUUUAACAUUUAAGAGAUUCAGUUGAGAAGAAUAAAAGUGCUUAUGCUCUUAUGUCCUGUACGCCCGUCCACGUUUUAAAAGAGGCUUUUACAGUGUGUCUACAUUGUGUAUGUGUUCAAGAAGGGAUCCUGCUUCAGUGUACAUAUUUAUUCUCUAUGAAUUCAUUUUACCUGUUCUCUUUUUUUCUCUUGCUAUUUAUGUUUUUCACCACUUUUUAUUUGUCAUUUCGCUAAUGCUGUUUUCAUUGAGCUAUAAUCUUCUCUGGUUGUUUCAUCUCUGUAUUAAAUGCACUUAAACAUG